GGCGGGUUUGAUUUCAUUUACACAAUGGCUACUUCCUCAUCCCCCACAUCUCGCACAACUCCGCCGAAUUGUGCAUCAAUCUUAGUAUUUAUGAUCUGCAGCUGACGUUGGAUGUUUCGAUUUAUUUGAAAUGCAAACAGACUACCUAGUACUCAAAGCAAUCCAGCUGCUGAAAUCUAACCACUCUUGGAGUUACAAUGCACUGAGUACUUGUGUAACACGUGAUUGCCAACAUCAUAACCCCUCCCGCGGUGGGGCGAUGAGGGUGUUGAUUACAAAUUCAAGUGUUUUAGCUUUUUACUCAACACAACGCUGCAGCUUUGGCGGCUGAAAAGGGGUGAACACCUGGCCAUCAUGGACAUAUUUGUAAUAAUCUGAUUGGUAUGGAAGAAGGUGGAAUGUAAAAUACGAGUGGGAACUGGAGACGGAGACGGACUUGGAGACGAGUCACAGGUAGAAAUGUGGAGAUACUUGUUGUACCUGUGUUAUCAUCCACCCACCUUGGUAUCUAUAAAAGGAAUGAGCUACCUUCGACGACAUGCAACAUGUAAACACUCACUAACCAGUCUUCUUCACUUAUCUCUUGCCGUUCACAAACAGUCCUACUUCAAAGUCACAAAGCACUUGCACUCACAAACGUACAUUCAAUCAUUCAUCUAAAAUGGCUCUCACACUCUACGAUAUCUCAAUUGUCCCUUUCAUCAAGAGCCUCAAGACAUUAACAAAACUGCUCGAAAAAGGACAAGCACACUUUGAAGAUGAAUCUAAGAUUAUCAACGCAAAAUUGGUUGAUGACAUGGGAGAUCUGAUUUUCCAGGUCCAAAGAGUUUCCGACUCUGCUAAGGGAUUGGCAGUCCGGGUUGGUGGUGCGGAAAACGUUGCUUUGCCAGACAAUGAGACGGAUUUCGCCGGUCUCUAUAAGCGCAUCAACAGCACAAUCGAGAUUCUCGAAUCCCUUCCCUCUACCUGUACAGAUGGUAAGGAAGAUUCGGAGGUAGUAUUGCAGCUCCCAAGUGGAGACCUGAAAUUCACUGCCAAGGAUUAUGUUCUUAAUUUUGCGACUCCAAACUUCUACUUCCAUGUCGUUACCGCUUAUGAUAUUUUGAGAAAGGAAGGCGUACCGGUCGGAAAGUUUGAUUUCCUUGGAAGAAGAUGAUUGAUAAUGCUGUAGAGGAGGAAGCAUGAAAAUGGUGUUUCACUACCAUGAUGGAGAUUGGUAAUUCACCGAUGGCAUAGUUUCUAGCUCUAUUGCCAAUGAAAAUACCCGUUCUUAAGACAAUUCUAUACAUGUGCCAUAUACUUGUGAGCGCUUUCCGGUCUCCCCAUCUCAUACCAGGCACGUAAUUUAAAAAUGUUAGCUCAAGCAAUUAGAGAAACUUCAGUAUUCAUCGUGUCA